GUUUUGGGGCUCCCUCGCGCGGCCUUCAACGCCGAGUAGUCUGUGAUGAGGGAGCGCGCGAACCCCGGUGCAACUACAACGGCUGUGUAACGGCUUAGGGAGUCGUCGUCGUACAGUGCUGCAGGGUGUCUGUAGCACAGCAGCAGCACCUCGCGCUGUCACCUUGCGCUAUCGUGGGCGGAUAUUCUAUGAUCGACUUCGGGCCCGGCCCUGUCGCCCUUUCAUAUGCUGCACUUACCAGCGUGUUGAACUAUGGUCGAACCCAUCCCCAUGGCAUGGUGGUGGGGAAGCGGCGACUGGCCAGGGUUUGUCAGUAGCCAUGCUCUGUCCACUGCUGCAACAGGGCCGCCGCCGUCAUCUUCGUGCUCCCUCAAACAAGCGCAGUAGUAACAACAGCAGCACCGCAAUGAUGAUGACGCACUGGCCUUAUUGAACCAAUAAUGUGCGGAUUAAAGCAGUUUGUUUUUUGUUUUGGUCGCACUACUUGCUCUCACCGAACGUGCUUGCCAUGCAUGGCGCAAGGGUCAACGUGGAACUUUGCGUAUUGGAGGUGGAUGCUGUAAUAGGCAAUGCGUCAAGAGAACAUUUAGUUGAUACAGCCUUCAAAUUCCUGAAAAAUCCACGAGUGGCUGGAAGUCCUCCAAAUAUACAGAGGGCGUUCCUACGCAAGAAAGGUCUGACAGACGUGGAGAUAGAGGAUGUGUUUCUGCGGGCUGGGGUGCAUAGAGGAACCAGCCUCGCUCAUGCGCAACAUUUGGCCCAGUCUCCUGCAGGACCACCAGCAUCACGGCACUCUUGGCGCUGGAGGGACGUAGGCGCUCUGUCAGCUGUCAUUGCAGCUAUCGGCUUCGGCAUCAACCGGCUGUACAAGUGGCUGGCGGCUGUUCGUGCUGCAGAAGCCCAACGUCUCACUGAUGUGGAAUCCACUGUCUCUGCAAUGGCCGCUUCACUCACCCACGCUGUGACACAACUACAGACAAGUGUCGCAGGGACCCACGAGCUUUUGUCACGUCAACAAAAACAGUUGGAGCGGCUGACAGAUGACACCGCUGUAUCCAAGGCCAGUGGUCCAUUGCUUGCAGAUCUUCGAACAGAAAUAGCUUCUAUUAAAGGUCUCAUGCUGGGGAGAAAGCAGUUCCCGUGUCCCCCGAAUUCAGCAGCCAUUCUGCCGAGCUGGCAGCUGGCAUUGAAGCCAUCUACUUCGACUGGAACAACAAUUUCUUCAACAAUGACAUCUCAGGACGUCAACGCUGCAACAAAUAAAGAGCAACAACUGCAGCCAAGGGAAAACACCGACACUCUUACUGGAAGCAGUGAAAAUGUCAGCAGCAGCGAUAUUUCACCCAUAAGUCAUGAAUCAGCAUCACCAGGUCUUGAUUCCGAAGUCCAUACCCUGAAGGCAGAGGGUAAAGUUAAUUCUCUCCAAAGUUUAACACAAAACGGUGAAGUGGGUGAUGGCUUCAUCCAUCAGCAUCAGGACGAGGAUGAAGACGUCAUCACUGAAGUUUGUGUUCUCACGAAGGUGGAAGCUCAAGGAGAAAAUGAGGUGGACUGAGAAAUGUAAAUUUGGUAUCAACUCAUUUUCACUGAUGCACAUUUAAAAUUUUCGGGCAAAAUUAUGUACAAACGUUUGCUACUGUAUUCACGCAUACAUUCAGACAGGUAUGUUAUUUUUAUUCUCUACAACGGUUAAUUUAAUUAACGGGGCGGUUUUCACAGCCAAAGUAAUGAUUCAUGAUAUGUUUCUGUGUUUGUCCACAAUGAUGAUUUGGCCAAAUUUGUGCUUUUUAAGAGCCUCUACUAUCCGACACAGCCAAGAGAUGUACGCGCCAAUUGUUUCACCGCACCUGUGAGUUUAAUUAAAAUGAUCACAACCAAAUUUAGCAAGAGAUGUUCCCAUUGAAAUCGAAGUUAUUUUUUAUUGAAUGGAAGGAACUAAACUAAAAUUAGAUAUUAUAAAAUACAUAGCAAUUUAACGGCAACAUGAAAAUUUGAAGUUAAAGUUUUGAGAAAAUGUAAAAUGUAAUCCGAAGCACAACCUCAAUUGGAAGUACUGAAAGUAAUUUCUCACCUUGUCAUGAGUUUUAUUUGAGUAUGGAUCACGAAGCUGAAAACUUCCCAUGAUAAUCAUUAAUCACAUUUGUAUAAUUUCACAAUUACUUGUAAGAUCAAUUCAACAAAUAAACAUAAAUCUAAAAAUGU